AUGGCUACCUACGGAAAAAUUGGAGAGUUUGAUCCGGCAACGGAACUCUGGAACAAUUACAUCGAGAGAGUGAAUCAGUUCUACAUAGCAAAUGACAUUGCAGAUGCCACCAAGAAGAGAGCAAUCCUGCUGAGCUCAUGUGGAGCCAAAGCCUACCAGCUGUUGAGAGGUUUGUCAAAUAACGAUCCUGCUUCCAAAUCUUAUGACCAGCUAGUACAAUUAAUGAAAGAUCAUUUAUAUCCCACUCCCAAUUCGAUAGCUGAGAGAUUCAGAUUCAACACUCGUGAUAGGCAACCUUCUGAAACAAUUUCCCAGUACUUGGCAGUUUUGCGUCGACUCAGUGAACAUUGUGAGUAUGGAGAAACACUGGACGACAUGUUAAGAGAUAGACUUGUUUGUGGUAUUAAGGAGGAAAAAAUACAACAAAAGCUCCUGAGUGAGAAAGACUUCACCUUAGCCAAAGCCCUACGAAUUGCAUGUUCUAUGGAAUCAGCAGCAAGCUACUCCAAAAGCAUUCUCCAACAUCAAGCGACAGGCAACAUUCCAGAGAGUGUCCACGCUUUGGAGAGAGCCCGAGACAACCCAGGGAGGGAUUGCUAUCGAUGUGGAGGGACAAAACAUACAGCAGAGGCAUGUCCAUUCAAGGAUGCUGAAUGUUAUUAUUGCCACAAAAAAGGACACACCGUUAAAAAAUGUCGUCAAAAGAAACGAAAUGAUGAGAAAUCCAGACCACCCCGGAAACCAAUAAACCAACUGGAGUCCGAACAUGAAGGAAAUGUUUACAAAGAAACUGUUGAACAGUCCGAUAUGUUUAACCUGUAUAAAUUAGAAGGGAGCAGAGUUGAACCGCUUUUUGUAAAUGUCAGUAUUGAAGGAAAAACCAUCAAGAUGGAGGUCGAUACCGGUGCAUCGAUGUCGGUGAUAAGUGAAAAAACAUUACGGAAAUGCAUUCCAGAGUUGACCAUCCAGCCUAGUAACUUAAAGUUAAAAACUUUUACAGGGGAAAUCAUAACACCCUUGGGAUCAGCUGCUGUAAACGUUGAACACCAAAAACAGAAAUACACACUGUCAUUGACUAUCGUACCCGGGGAAUCUCCUUCAUUGUUAGGUCGAGAUUGGCUAAAAGUAAUCAAGUUAGAUUGGCCCAGUUUGUUCCAGGUCAAGCAUUCUAGCAAUACCAAUCUACAGCAAAUAUUAGUACAGCAUGCCGCCGUGUUUACGGAAAGUAUGGGAUUGCUGAAGGACUUUAGAGUCCAUAUUCCUGUGGACUCCUCUGUCGCACCAAAGUUUUGCAAAGCACGACCAGUCCCGUAUGCCUUAAAAGACAGGAUCGACACUGAACUUGAUAGACUUGUACAAGAUGGCAUAUAUGAACCAGUUGAAUAUUCAAGAUGGGCAGCCCCUAUCGUACCGGUAAAGAAAGAGGACGGUACUAUCAGAAUAUGCGGCGAUUACAAACAGACAAUAAACCAGGCUGCACCUUGUGACUCUUAUCCAAUUCCGCGAACUGAAGAUCUUUUCGCCUCAAUGUCAGGGGGUGAAAAGUUCACAAAGCUGGAUUUGAGUCAUGCAUACCAGCAAUUGGAGUUGGACGAGGAAACAAGAGAAUACCUCACAAUCAACACACACCGUGGCUUGUACCGCCCCACAAGACUUCAGUAUGGAGUACAUUCCGCCACCGGCAUUUUUCAGAGGGAAAUGGACAGGCGACUCCGCCAUAUACCACGUACCAAAGUGCGAGUAGACGAUAUUUUAAUAUCUGGUAAGGAUGAUGAGGAACAUUUGAGAAAUUUAUCGUCAGUCCUGCAAGUGAUUGAAAGCUCUGGAUUGCGACUGAAGGAAGUCAAAUGCGUAUUUCUAGCAGAAGAGGUGACUUAUCUGGGUUACAACAUUACCAAGGAAGGAAUAUCGCCUUCACCAGAGAAGGUCAAAGCUAUAAGGAAUGCAGCCCCUCCAGAGAAUGUUACACAGUUAAAGGCUUAUCUCGGAAUGCUCAACUAUUAUAAUCGUUAUCUACCAAACCUUUCUGCAAUGAUUGAACCACUGCAUCGUCUGCUGAGAAAGGGGACAACCUUUCACUGGAAAACCGAACAAGAAAAAGCGUUUACCGAAUCGAAAGCUCUACUAUAUAAAGCACCGUUGCUGACGCAUUUUGACCCCCAACGUUCGAUCCUUGUGUCCUGUGACGCCUCUCCUUAUGGGAUAGGUGCUGUUCUCGCCCAUGUAAUGGAUGAUGGUUCCGAGAAGCCCGUAUGUUAUAUUUCACGGACUCUUUCUCCAGCAGAGAGGAAUUAUGCCCACAUUGAGAAAGAGGGUUUAGCCAUAGUAUUCGCUGUCAAAAAGCUUCAUCAAUAUCUUUAUGGACAGUCUUUCAGAAUUAUAACUGAUCACAAACCUCUUUUGGGACUAUUCGGACAAAACAAACCAAUUCCACCGCUUGCAGCUGCUCGUGUUCAGAGAUGGGCCCUCCUGCUGUCUGCUUAUAGCUACGUCUUGGAGUACAAACCAGGUGUCAAUCACGCCAACGCUGACUGUCUAAGCCGCCUUCCACUUCAAGCAGACAGUUCUGAUUACUCGAACAAUGAAAGUGCAAUUCACAUGAUGGACCUAGUGCAAGCACCACUAACCUCCGCUGAUGUUAAGCUACAUACAAGUCGUGACCCAGUCCUGAGCAAAGUGUUGGACUUGAUAUCCAACGGUUGGAAAGUAAACCGAGAAAUAGAAUUACAACCGUACUUUUCAAGGAAGGAUCAACUCAGCAUCGACAACCAAUGCUUGCUGUGGGGUUCUCGUGUCAUUAUACCAAGCUCGUUACGACCACAACUGCUUGGACAACUUCACCAGUCUCACCCAGGGAUCACUCGCAUGAAAAGUUUGUCGAGAAGUUUUGUGUGGUGGCCAAAGAUGGAUUCUGAGAUUGAGUUAACCGUCAAAAAUUGCAAAACCUGUGAAAUCCACCAAAAAAUGCCAGCUGCAGCACCAAUACAUUCCUGGGAAUACCCAAGCCAACCCUGGGAGCGGAUCCACAUGGAUUAUGCGGGACCGUUUUUGAACAAAAAGUUUUUGAUAGUUGUUGAUGCUUUUUCAAAAUGGGUGGAAGUAAUAGUCAUGAAUAGCUCCACCUCCACUGCGACUAUUGAGUAA